GAGGGGUAGCCAACCUUUCCUAAGAGAAACAGAAUAGCUAUAUAAAGAGCUGGUGAAUUAUUGUUGUAAGUGGGAGGAAGACCAUCUUUGGCUGGGAGACAAGCUACUUUCUUACUAUGGAGCAGACAGUGUCCAGAAGUUGGUUGGGUUUCAGCCUGUUGAGUGUGACAUUCCUGCUGUGUUUGACAAGUGGAGCCUUUGGGUCUAUAGAUCCAGACAACUUGAAGGCAAUCAUUGACUACAUCAGAGAGUUUGGCAUCCGCAAAGGCCAUUAUGCUGUGGCUGUAAGACUGGAUAACACAUACUGCAGAAAUCCUACACGGCAGAAUUUAGAGACUGCUUUACCUGCAGACGAAAUGGCUCAGAUGCAUACGGCUAUUACGCAGGAAAAUGGAAUGUAUAACCCACCACAGAUAGGAGAUGUUGUUGCAGCCAGGCCAAAGUUUGAGACACAUUUCACAGAGCAUGCCGAAUGGCGCUUACUGAACGGAGGCCAGAAUAGCCCAGUAGAAAGGAUCCUAGCCAAUAAGGACCAAAAUAGUUGCCUGAUCUUCUUUAGCAAAUUAUCCCCCUGUGUGGCCAAAUGUCUCAAUGAGAAUAACAUGAGAAACAUUGUACAGGUGGUCAACCCCCUUUUUAACAGGUUCAAUGAAGAUUCCAGGGCUUUUGUUUUUCAAUUCAUUUUCAAAUGGGAUGCAAUAAGAGAAGAUGAGGUUGUGUUGGGGGCCUGGCAACGCAUCCAGCAUGCCCCACUAUUUCGGUGCUAUGCAGGUAAUAGAGCCUGCAUCAAAUGUUUUAACCAUGACCAACCUGAUACCGACAGUCCCUGCUUGGCCAAUUAGGGAAAGCCAAUGCUAGAGUAGUGCCCACCUAGAGAUUGCAUUUGUGGCACUUAGCAUUUUGCCAGCUGGCCUAAGAACCAAAGUCACCCCUUCCUCAUUCCCAUAUUCUUGUGUUCUCAAGAUUGAGCAUUACAUAUGAUCUUUGUAGUCCUUUGCUUUGCUGUUGAAUCAAUAAAAUCC